AUGUCUCGGAAGCGCGAGCAUGCCGUCGAUUGUGAGAUGGGUAAACGGGGUGUGUGGUUAGUUAAGGUGCCAAGGUAUCUAUCUGAUCUAUGGGAGGCAAAUGCAGGUACAGAUGUGGGUCGGCUAGUUAUACAAAAUAGUACAAACCCGAAAGGAGAUGUGAAAUUGAAAUCCCGUCCUGGCCUAGUUUUGCCGCAGUCUGUCUCCUCGACCUUGAAAGGUCCUGCGAAAAUUCCCGAUGAACAUUCCUUUAUUCUCGGUGACGUGCUCAACCAGACAAUGGCUGUACUUGCAGAAGAUAAGACUGGCCUGAACGAGGAAGCAGAAAUCAAGCCGGGGCGUCUUUCCAUAGAGGGACGAGUAGUGAAACGAGCCGAGUGUCGCCCUCCAGCGUCAAGCAGCUAUUUGAAAAUGAAAAUUGCUCAAAUCUCUAGUAGUGGCCAACCAAAGAAACAAGUAUUACAGAUGGAGAAGGCUGCCGUCAAAUUCAAACCUGUCGCCGCUCACGCUGAGGAUAUGAUGAGAAUCAAACAGAAGAAAGAAGGAGCAAAGACAGUGCGAGCAGAUCGUAAUGUGCUCAUGCAAGCUCUGUUCCACGCUUUUGAAAAACAUCAGUACUAUAGGUUGCAAGACUUGCAGCAAUUAACACAGCAACCUGCUGGAUAUGUGAAAGAGCUUCUGACGGAGAUAGCUGUGUACAAUACUGCUCCACCUCAUAAAAGCAUGUGGGAGCUGAAGCCAGAGUAUCGCCGUCAUAUGCUGAAGCAUGCAACACCUUCAUGCAUGAUAUACCUUAGAGCAGGACACAUACCUCAUCUGACAUGGGAUGUUGCACUGAAAUGCUUAAAGUUUAACCAGACUCCAGUCUAUCAGUUUACGUUGCCGGCUCUGUUUGACUCCCUAAAAGUGGUACAAAAGUUUGGAAAAGGAGCUCCAGCGUUCUGUGGAGUACCGAAAAAUUCAGCAGUUCAUCUUCAAAUACGUGAUCCUCUGGGUGAAACGAGAUCUGGAUUCAAUGAUACCAAAUCUAUCGCCAUUUUUACAAAAGGAGGGAAGAGAAUGUUGGAUCCUCGGUUGUACCGCGAGAUUGUCCGAAACUUCAUGUGCGAUUCUUUUGACACUAUACUGGAUUAUGACGCACCUCGAGGUUCACUAAACAAACGACUUUCGAAAGGAAUAGAUCGAACGAGGACGUUCUUCGAAUUGUUGGCGGAUCACGAUGAGACUCCUGAGGGAGCUGUGAUUGUGUCGUUAGGCGGUGGAUUCAGUGAUUAUUAUCGCAGAAAGUGUGCUGUGGAUAUCGGUCUCAACAAAAGAUGUGAUGGGUACUCGGUCGAUUUGCAAGAAUUCACACAUGGCAACGAAGUUGAUAAAGACGAACUGAAAAAACUCAUUGAAGAGACAUUCGGUCCUCUGCCACCCACACGGUUACGGUUCGUAGCUGGAGCUUUCGACCCAGCCAUGGUAUUGUAUCUUGUUCGGCUCGGAUUCGAUUAUUUCGAUUCGUCAUACGCCGUCAAGAUUUCUGAAGAGGGUCCUCUGCCACCCACACGGUUACGGUUCGUAGCUGGAGCUUUCGACCCAGCCAUGGUAUUGUAUCUUGUUCGGCUCGGAUUCGAUUAUUUCGAUUCGUCAUACGCCGUCAAGAUUUCUGAAGAGGCAAAAUGUCUUCGCUUAGCUGAUGAUUACCCACAUUCGUCGGACUUCGAGCUGUUGGAUUUCAAUGAUGACAAAUAUGCAGACGACUACGCAAAGGUGUUUGAUUCUUGUGAUUGCUAUACAUGCAAAAACUAUACUCGGAUGUAUCUUCGGCAUUUAACCAAUACAAAGGAGUUACUGGGUCCCAUAUUACUGGUUAUCAAAAAAAUGGAGAUACCCGAUGACCGGGUUCGAAUGGAUCGUCGAUAUGAUUGGGUGGGACCACCACACCCGAUUUCGAAAAUCAGGCCCAUCAAACUGAGAAGAGUUGACAAUGAAUCCGAUUUAGAGCGAGACUAUCGUCUGGCACGGGAAGAGCUGAACAGGUGGAGCUCAUCGUUCUGGGAGAAACACAACACGUUAUUUGAUAUGAAGAAGAUUGAGUUCAUUCAAAAACGUAAAAAGGAGAUCGGCCGAGUAGAGCAGAUAUCUGCGAAUGAUUUAUCUGUAUUCUAUAAAGAGUUCCUUGAUUUCGAGUACGCAAACCUGAUGGCUUACAACAAAGAGUGGUACUAUCGCAACCUUGCGCUGUGUUGGCCAGCUCUCAAGGUGAAUGUGGUUCGAUUUAUGCGGCUGUUGAAGAGAUCAUGA